AUGCUGCAGGGACGCAGGAGAGAAGACAAGACACAGAGGAAACAUCCGCACAGCACCCGGCCAGAGCUCUGUUCAGCUUGUACUCCAAAUAUAAAUGUCCCAAAAAAUUCAAAGGCCGGUCAAACCCAAAAUCAUUCACUUUCCCUGAGCUGUCCAGUCCACCUAUGCUCCCAUGAUGAACCCAUCGUGACCUGGUGCAGAGUAGAACGCGGAACAAGUAGUCAAUGUGAGAAUGUAAAGUCGGAUGAUCGGAUCUCCUCUGAAUGGGGAGAAAAGACAGAAAAUGAAGCAGUUCAUGUUCUGAAGUUUCAAUUUGUGCAAAUAAAUGACACUGGAUUUUAUCAAUGUUUAGCAGCCUUCAAGGGGAUGCAGAUCGUAGGAAGUGUGAUAGAAGUUUCUGUACUUGUUUCCUCUCCAGCUACAGCUACUACUGAGCAUGCAACUGUGAAUAUGUUGAAUUCCAACUCAACAUCAAUACCAGCCAAUUCGGCAAAGGAACAGCUUAAAAUCGUGGUGUAUUUUAUGGCUUCUGCCGGAGGAGUUUGUCUCAUGAUUAUCAUUAUCAGUCUUCUUGUUUUUUGCCAACGAAUAAGGCGGGGAAAACACAGAUCUUCUAAAGACCCAGAAACAGCAGAAGAGGUACAGUUUAUGGCCACAUCAGGUCCUGAGAACUGCUUGGAGCGUGUCAAGCCUUCAUGUCCACCAGAAAAGGAGUUCACUACAGUGCCCACCGAAACCACCUACGACAACGCCCACCUGGGCCGCCGGCCCAGCGUACCCCUUUCACCAGAAGAAGACUCUAUAGUCUACGCCGAUUUAAACUAUGAAGGAAAAAAAACGUAUUUCCAAAUUGAAGAAGGAGGUGAAGUUGAGUAUGCAACGGUGCGUUUGAACUAGAGGAGGAACCUUCCUGUGAACGUUAACAAUGAAGUUGGACAAUGGACAGCUUGGCCUAUAGAACUUUAUACUGAAGACGUUCUUGUGAUCUAUUGUUUUCGCUCUUCAAAAAAAUUUCAAGGUGACGUCUGAGAAUCGAAAUCAAGUUCAGAGAAAGAUCUCUGCUGAGAUAUUAUAAAGGCAGGGCUUUUUUUGAGCGGGAACGCGGGGAACGCAUUUCCGGCACCUCCAGAACUGAAUGUAUUGUAUUGGCGAAGGGGUGCUGGGGUGUGCUGGAGGGUCUAUUGAUGCUGGUUGUUGGUAGUCCGUUGUUGCUGGGGUAGAUCUAUUGUCGCUGGGGUGUCCAUCGUUGCUAGAUCUAUUUUACUGCCUUUCUUAUCGUUAACGAAAUCGAUACAAAAUUCUUAGCACCACAAAAUGAUCCUUGGCUCAGUUUUUUUCUAAUGGGG